AUGGGCUCCGGCCAGCCCUUCCCGGGACAAGAGGUAGACAUCGACUGUUGCGGUAAUCGCCCGCCCGAUCACGGAACCCGUGGCGUAUAUCAUCCGCCCGGCCCGUCCCGGGACCUGUGGCAGGCCAGGCCCGCGACGGACCCAGGACCAAAGGCAAACAUCAACCAUCCAUCCCGGGACCCGUGGCUAGCCCUGCCCAAAAAUCCUGGGACACAUGCAGACAUUGCUCGCCGUUCACGUAGCAGACAUCGGCAGCCUGUCCUGGGAUGCAUGGCAGGCCCCUGGCCUGCCCGUUCCGGGACACAAGGCAGACAUCGCCCGCCUGUCCCGGACCGCGCAAAGCCCCUACCUGCCCAUCCAGGGACACGCGGCGGACAUCACCCACCCGUCUUGGGAGCCAUGGCGGACAUCGCUCACCCAUCCGGGAUCAGAGGUGGAUUUGGUCCACCCAUCCAAAAACCUGUGGCAGUAUUGCCCACCUUUGUCCCGGGGGACUCGUCCCGGUGCCCGCCUCGCGGCGCACGCCCUGCCCGCCCGUCCCUGGACGCUCCGGCGGCCCGGUUCGCCUGCACGCCUGCCCGUCCGGGAUCCCACUUCCCGCCCGGGGACGCCUCGGCGGACGCCUGCCCGUCCCGUCCCGGGACCUGCUGGGCGGCAGGGACCGCCUGCCGCCCAUUCCGGGACCUGCGGCGGAACGCCUGCCCGCCCCGCCCGUCCCGGACGCUCGGUCUUGGACGCCUUCCUGCCCAGUGCCCGUCCCGGGACGCUCGGUCCCGGGAUGCCGGUUGCCCGCCUGCCCGUCCCGGGACCCACGGCACCCUGAGACGCCUGCCAUAG